CGUGAGCAGCCGCAGCGCCCACCCCACUUCCCCCAUCUCCCCUCCCCACAGCUGCGCCGGCGGCGGCUACAGGAUGGCGGAACCGGCGGCUUCCACCGCCUUGACGGUGAAGGACGUCAGCCCCCACGACUUCGUCAAGGCCUACUCCGCCCACCUCAAGCGCUCCGGCAAGAUGGAGCUCCCUGAGUGGGUUGACAUUGUGAAGACUGCGAGGUUCAAGGAGCUCCCUCCUUAUGACGCUGACUGGUACUACAUCAGGGCUGCUUCAAUUGCAAGGAAGAUCUACCUGAGGCAGGGUAUCGGGGUCGGUGGCUUCCAGAAAAUCUAUGGUGGACGACAGAGGAAUGGCUCACGCCCUCCUCACUUCUGCAAGAGCAGCGGUGCCCUCUCCCGCAACAUCCUGCAGCAGCUCAAAAACAUGGGCAUCAUUGACCUUGACCCCAAGGGUGGAAGGCUCAUUACCUCCCAGGGAAGGCGUGAUCUGGACCAAGUGGCUGGACGGGUUGUUGCUGUUGUUGCGGAGUAGUUUCAUCUCUACCAUUCCCCUGCCUGUCAUGUUUGCUGGUUGAGUUGGCCAGAGUUUGUUUGCAGUUUUGAAUUAGGACUUGGUCUGGCAUGUUUAUGAGAUCUUAAAGUUGUAUGCAUCUAGUUAUGGUAUUACUAUAUUUCCUGAACGUCUAAUGCGCAACCAUUACUGUUCUAAAUCAAGUGACUCUUAUGAUUA